GUUUGGCAUAGAUCUCUCGAAACUUGUCUAUCAGGAAUAACCUCAUCAAGAUCUCUUGAAACAAGUUACAUACUGGGAAACUAUCAAAGUGGUUGAACUUCACCGCAUACCACAAUGGGCCACUCCUAUUUUGACUCAAGGCACGUCAUGAGUCAUGUUCUGCACAGUAUACCAAUAAACCGUCGAGGAGACGCCUCUCAUCUGGAAACCUCAACCAAACCUGGACCAGUGAUAUAGUCGAUGGUAGAUCAGAUACCAGACAAUUAUGAACAAAGCUAAACACAAGAGUACCAGGACAAGCAUGAUAGCAUGAUCGACAACAGCGUGGUUAUGAGGUAUCACAUCGCUAUGUUUAGUGGCUGCAGUGGCUCCUAUUUAUCUGACUCGAGUCCCCGUGUAGAGGACGAUCAAUGUCUUAUGUGGCUCAGUCAGAAACUAAUCUCCUUCGCGAUGACUACAUACCUCGAAUCAAGCCGUCACCUAUCUAAGAAAUAUUCAUUGUCAAGACCCUUUGAUCGUCAGAUACGCGUGAGGACGGAUCUCGCUUCUGCGGAAUUCCGGCUAGCGAUGUAACAAUCUCGGUAUUUGAAAAGGAUUUUCUGACAUAUCACAUCCAUCAAAACACUCUCAAU